AUGAAUUACAACGAUCCCAAAAUGCAGAUCAAUCUGCGAAUAAUAGCCUGCUGUGUUCUUCUAUUCUUCGUUCAUGUCAAAGCACAACUUUCAGAUGAAGAAUGUGCUGCUUAUCACGACAUGGUUACGCAAGCUGACUAUGAGACCUUCGUCGACGACUGUGCCGGCAAAGAGGUUCUCGGCUUCGAUCGCGGUGUCUCCGAUGACUUCCAUGCCAGCUUCUUGAACGAGCAUAUGUUCAAUAAGGUAUUUGCGAAUGCUCGUCGGGUUUCGUUCCAUAUCUACGUGCAGAACACGGAUUUCAAAGAAGUGAGAAUGUCCAAAUUGGAAUAUCUGAACGGAGGUCUCACGAUCCGUAACAACGUCAAUUUGAAAUCGUUCCGGAUUCAAAGACGAUGGCAAUUCGAGCGUACGCAAGCGGGACCAACCACGGUUACAGUAGAUGGUAAUCCGAUGUUGGACUCCGACAGUAUGAGCGAUCUACGUCACCUCUGCCCGCACUGUGACAUUUUCCCCUGGACAAAGUGCAGUGCUUUGGAUCCGGUCGAGUUCAGCAACUAUGACAAACUCAUACAACAGUGCGCAGGAGAAAAGAUUAUCAAAGUCAAACCAAUGACUUCGAUGACUUUGCACCUCAACAAGAUCACAGAACGACAGUUCAAAGUGCUGUUCUCACAGGCAACCCAUGUACAGAUGGGUAUCUCCAUGCAAGACGUUCAGUGGACGCAGUUGACUUUCCCAAAACUUGUGCGACAUAUUCCCUGUGGUCCAGGUGAACGCACUUUGAGGGUAGUGCACAAUGACAAAUUGAAGUGGAUCAGCUUACCUAUGUACCAUUCCGAGGGUUUUGGUAGAUUGAACGCUAUGUGGAACGUUGAGGUACGGAACAAUAUACUCGUGACCGGACAAGUGCUCAAUCCACUCGCAACACUAUGUCGCUUCUGCAAAGUGCAAGUAUACAAAGAGUGCGACUCGAUUACGGUGCAGCAAGCUAGGAAUGUUACAAAGUUUGUUGAGCUGUGCGGUGGUAAAAGGAUCUGGAAGCCUAGCGGAAAUCAAAUCAUCGAGAUCGACAUCUCCGUCUUAAAGCAAGAAUUUAUCGACGAGCUAUUCCAAGAUGUUACCUACAUUAAAAUGUGCAUCACUCUACGAAAUUCACAAAUCAAAUACCUCCGCAUGCCUAACUUGGUCGAAAUGUAUCCAUGCAAACCAGGUCGACCGGCAUUCAUAAUCGAGAACAAUCCGUACCUGGAAGUAGUUCAAGUGUCAACCACUUUCAAAUGGGACAUUAGUGACCACUCAUUCCGAAUUGUCUACAACCCUGCACUUACACACUAUCCUCCUGUUGAACGCUGCAAGUAUUGCGAAUUCGCGCCGAUCACAAAGCGCUGUGCCCUAGAAAUUCGAAGGUACGGUGAUGUAGAGCUGGUCCAAACAUGUGCUGGAGCCGAAUAUAUCGCGCCCAGAGAAGGAUUCUACCUGACUGUUUCUUCAUCGAAGGUGACACAGGAGCAGAUGAACGCCCUCUGCGCCAAUGCUGUGUACAUGGAGAUCUGCAUAUCCAUUGUGGAUUCGGACUACACGGCAUUACGGUGCCCUCGAUUGAAAGAAAUUCGACCCUGUCUCCCAGGACGGCCAGCCUUAACAAUUGUAAACAAUCUAGUGUUCCAAGAAUUGAUAAUUGUGGACACUAUUAUCUUCCCUGAGAACGACCUUAUUUUCAAAAUCACGGAAAAUCCAAAUCUACCGAUACCAGUCGUCAAUAAGCUGAAACAUAUGUGUGAACGCUGCGAAAUUUCGGCCAAUUUAGAGUGUGGCUUGCAAGGCAGGACCUACACAGAGCAACAACUGGCUGCUGCUUGUGCGGGAAAGAAAAUCAUCCGCCCUGCCGAAGGAUCCAUUAUUGUGUUCAGUUCGCCUAAGGUUACCGAAGCACAAAUGAAUGCAAUUUGCUCGCAAGCCGUCUUCAUGGAAGUCUGUAUCGAUAUCAUCAAUUCGCAGUACACAUCACUACGAUGCCCGCACCUGAAGGAGUUGAAGCCUUGUCAGCCAGAAUGCGACUCGAUUACGGUGCAGGAUGCUAGAAAUGUUACAAAGUUUGUUGAGCUGUGCGGUGGUAAAAGGAUCUGGAAGCCUAGCGGAAAUCAAAUCAUCGAGAUCGACAUUUCCGUCUUAAAGCAAGAAUUUGUGGACGAGCUGUUCCAAGAUGUUACCUACAUUAAAAUGUGCAUUACUCUACGGAAUUCACAAAUUAAAUACCUCCGCAUGCCUAACUUGGUCGAAAUGUAUCCAUGCAAACCAGGUCGACUGGCAUUCACAAUUGAAAACAAUCCGUACCUGGAAGUAAUUCAAGUGUCAACCACUUUCAAAUGGGAGAUUUGUGACCACUCAUUCCACAUUGUCUACAACCCUGGACUUACACAAUAUCCUCCUGUCGAAAAGUGCAAGUAUUGCGUACUCAAACCAAUUAUGAGUAGGUUUAUACUUCCACCGUUGAAAAUCAGUGAAAAUGAAACGGAACUGACUGAGUCACGGGCCAAUUCGAAGUCACUAGUCAGUACUAUCCCUGAGACAGUCGUGUACCCGCCGAAAGAACGACGACCAGCCCUAACAAUUGUGAACAAUCUAGUGUUCCAAGAAUUGAUAAUUGCGGACACUAUUAUCUUCCCUGAGAACGACCUUAUUUUCAAAAUCACAGAAAAUCCAAAUCUACCGAUACCAGUCGUCAAUAAGCUGAAACAUAUGUGUGAACGCUGCGAAAUUUCGGCCAAUUUAGAGUGUGGCUUGCAAGGCGGUACCUACACAGAGCAACAACUGGCUGCUGCUUGUGCGGGAAAGAAAAUCAUUCGCCCUGCCGAAGGGUCCAUAAUCGUGUUCAGUUCGCCUAAGGUUACCGAAGCACAAAUGAAUGCAAUUUGCUCGCAAGCCGUCUUCAUGGAAGUCUGUAUCGAUAUCAUCAAUUCGCAGUACACAUCACUACGAUGCCCGCACCUGAAGGAGUUGAAGCCUUGUCAGCCAGGACGGCCAGCUAUUCGCAUUAUUAACAACCUCCAACUUAAAAUAGUCGAAUUCAAUACGUUCAUAUUCCCAACUGGAGUAACGAUCAUAGAAAUCAACGGUAAUCCACUCUUGCCAAUGACGGCCAUCAACCCACUAAAGAGAAUCUGUCCAGGCUGCAAAAUCAACGAUGAUAGCCAGUGCCAACUGGAAGCCAGGCUAUACAGCGGCAAUGAAGUGGUUCGAGUAUGUGCCGGGAAAGAAGUAAUCAAAGGACGACAAGGAUUCCCUCUAAGGGUCUCAUCCAAGGAUGUGACCGAAAAACAGAUGAACGCUUUGUGCGCGAAUGCGGUCUACAUGGAGAUCUGUAUAACGAUCAUGAAUUCAAACUUCAAGAGUUUGCGAUGUCCUCGACUGCAUGAAAUCAGACCUUGCCAACCAGGACAACCGGCGAUAAAAAUUGUUGAUAACAUCCAGUUCCAAGAAUUGGUAAUUACGGACACAAUUAUCUUCCCUCAGACCGAACUUAUCUUCGAAAUCACAGAAAAUCCAAAUCUACCUAUAACAGUCGUCAAUAAGCUGAAACAUCAGUGCGAACGCUGCCAGAUAACAGCCGACUUAGACUGUGGCCUGCAAGGCCGCUACACAAGCCAACAACUGAUCGCUGCUUGUGCGGGAAAGAAAAUCAUCCGCCCAGGUGAGGGGCGCAUGAUGGUGUUCGGAUCGGCCGGGGUUACUGAACGACAAAUGAAUGCAAUUUGCUCGCAAGCCAUCUACAUGGAAGUCUGUAUUGAUGUUAUCAAAUCGCAGUACACAGCACUGCGAUGCCCGUAUCUCAGAGAGUUGAAGCCUUGUCAUCCAGGACAACCAGCUCUAGUCAUUGAAGACAACUUACUGUUCCAAGAACUGGUGAUUAUGGACACUAUUAUCUUCCCUGAAAACGAUCUUAUCUUCCAAAUCACAGGAAAUCCAAAUCUACCUAUAACAGUCAUAAAUAAGCUGAAACAUAAGUGCGAACAUUGCCUGAUAACAGCAAACUUAGACUGUGGCCUGCAAGGCCGCUACACAAGUCAACAACUGAUCGCUGCUUGUGCGGGAAAGAAAAUCAUCCGCCCAUCUGAAGGACACAUCAUCCAGUUCCAUUCAUCCCAGGUUACUGAAGCACAAAUGAAUGCGAUUUGCUCGCAAGCCAUCUUCAUGGAGGUCUGUAUCGAUAUCUUCAAGUCGCAGUACAAAGCAUUCCGAUGCCCGUAUCUGAAGGAGUUGAAGUCUUGUCAACCAGGACGGCCAGCUAUUCGCAUUGUUGACAAUCUCCUACUUCAAGUACUCGAAAUUCGCACGCCAUUCAUAUUCCUACCAAGUCCAUUUAUCAUAGAAAUCACCGGUAAUCCGCUACUGUCAAGUACGGCUCUCACUCCACUCAAGCAACUCUGCCCAGGCUGCAAAAUCGAC